AUGUCAUCCUGGCAGAAAAAGUCUAAGAUCUCCGCCUCGAGGAAACUUCAGCUGAAGACUCUGAUGCUGCAGAUUGCGAAGCAGGAGAUAGAGCGCGAGGCAGAGGAGCGACGUGGAGAGAAAGGGCGCGUUCUGAGCACUCGGUGCCAGCCUUUGGAGUUGGAUGGGCUGGGCUUUGAAGAGCUUCAGGACUUAUGCCGGCAGCUCCAUGCUCGGGUGGACAAAGUGGAUGAGGAGAGAUACGAUGUGGAAGCAAAAGUCACCAAGAACAUCACCGAGAUCGCAGAUCUGACCCAGAAGAUCUAUGACCUGCGUGGCAAGUUUAAACGGCCCACCCUGCGAAGAGUAAGGAUCUCUGCAGAUGCCAUGAUGCAGGCUCUGCUGGGGACCCGGGCCAAGGAGUCCUUGGACCUGAGGGCCCACCUAAAGCAGGUGAAGAAGGAGGACAUUGAGAAGGAAAACCGGGAGGUGGGAGACUGGCGCAAGAACAUCGAUGCGCUAAGUGGAAUGGAGGGCCGCAAGAAAAAGUUUGAGGGCUGAAUCCACAGGCUCCCACCCUUCGCGCCGACGAUGUCCCUGAGGAAUAAACCUCUCUG